GUGUGUGCCGAUGGCUGCGGAGAGGGAGCGGGUAGGUGCGGGAAUGUGUUCCCCUCAGUCCGGGCUCCCAACACCGGAGCAGCCCCUCUGUACCCGGACCCCCAGCAGCAGAGAAGGCGGAGGGACGUCGGGUCGCUCCUUCAGGAGGACCCCACUUGGACCAUCCAGAAAAUUAAACGCAAGCUUUAAAUCACCGCUAAAGACCUCCCUGGACCCUGAGCUUGACUCUGCUGGUCUUCAACUUCAAGUGGAAAAUCUCAGGAAGAAAUGUGAUGAUCUUGAUCGUCAGAUUGCAGAACUACUCUCAGAAGGGUACACUCUGAAAGAGCUGGACCAGCACAUUGAUCAGCUCCAUGAGUAUAAUGACAUCAAGGACGUGGGCCAGUUGCUGUUGGGAAAACUGGCAGUCAUCAGAGGGGUGACCACCAGAGAGCUGUACAGUGAGUUUGGACUGGAUUUGGAAGACUAGACUACAAGAGGAGGAGGAUGUGGAUUGUUAUCUGUCAUAAUUUGGGUCUUCACAUUGAUUGCACCAACAAAGAAGACAGAGAGGAUUAUGAUCCAUGAGCAAAAGCCACUGGAAUACCUGGUGUUGAAGUCAGGUGCGAUGUCAGAUGGUGCAACCCAGCUUCAAAACCCAAUAGAUUUCAAGUAUUGCUGAUGGAUGUUCUGGUAGUUGAGUCUAUGGACUUGUUACAACACCUCCAGUGUUUCUCGUCAUUGUUCAGCUCUGAUAUCCCAAGCCUCUUUAUUUGUGUUUUGCUGUAUAAGGUAUUCCUUGUUGAGUAAUUAGGGAGAAUCCCCUCUCUGUUCAUUUCCACGGAGUCCCAGCUGUUCUGAGCAGGAAGGAUUGGCAUUAGAUUUCAGCCAGUUUACUGAGAAAUUACCUCCAGUUUGACCACCUGCAGAUUCUCCAGUGAAUCCUCAGCCCAAUGUUUGAGAAACAGGUGAAAAGUCAGAAAUAUGAUUCAUACUUAAAGGUUUUCAUAUCAACCUCCUGCCAACAGAGGUGAUGGUUUCUGUUUUCCUGGUGUGUGGACAGUGAAUGUCAGAAGGUUGUUCCAUUAUUCGGGCAGCUCAGUUGAGUCCAGUUUUGACCAGACUCUGAACAGGUCACUCCUGCAGCAGGUGGACUGUGAUCAGGAGCAGUCACCCUGCUCAGUUACCUUCUACACACACACACACACACACACACACACACACACACACACACACACACACACACACACACACACACACACACACACCCCCCAGGAUGGAGACUGACUGACUGAUCUCCCCAACAACCAUCACUUGUCCUCUGUGUUGGAGUUACUGAUUCAUUAUUGUUAAAGAAAUCUUCAUCAGAGGUUUAAUCUUUAAGAGGUCAUCAGGACUACACUGUGCCAAUUUCUGGGACUUUAUUUUGUUGUUUGUUGGUCAGUUUUGAUCCUCUACAUUUAAUAAAAAGAAUUUGUUCAGUG